AUGCAUUCCCCUUCUCUACGCCGUUCUUCACCUGGUCCUGGAUUACAUGCAGGUGCUACCGCACAACAGAUAGACUCCUUAUUACCGGAUGAUGCUCAGUAUUCUUGUGUGGACGCUAAUGGAUACACACGACCAUCCCUUAAACGCCAAGCGACUGUCCCUGAACCCUUCUUGUCCUCUGUCCUUUCAAAAAAGAAACGCGAUGUGAUGAUGGGCUCUGACGGUGGUCAAGCUCUUUGUUCCGAAGUGAUGCACGCAGCGUUCUUAGAAGCCCUCUCCAAGCACCCACCAACUUCGACUUGGAGGUCCGAUGAUGCUUACAUUGAUGUUGCCAACGACGACCAAGCGGAUUAUUGCAGAAUUAUUCAGGAUUACAUUUUGAAGAAGACGGGCCAAUCACAGUCGUUCGAACAGAUAUCAGAACGAAUUAAUCUUGCGCUCACAAGCCCCACAGUGGCCCCACUUUUCAACACUGCCCUUGACUCUGAACCUCACGCACCAGCAAACGCAAUUAAUCCAAUAGACGAACAUGCCUAUGCCUAUGACCCACAGGUUCAUGGAAAGUCUGCCAUGGUCCCGUUCAAUACUGGCGCUGUGCUCGAUAAUCCUAUUAUCAAACCGCUUGACAUACAUUCUCACGACGAGUCUUCAUUUUCCAGACGGAGGAGAGCCUGCAACCGACCCAUCCUCAAUUGCCGUGUUGAAUUACCGCCUGUUGACAAUCGUUCGUCGUUUGUCACUGAGAACUUGUCGUCUAGCAAUCACGAAUCUACACACUGCAUGCUUACACCGUCUACGAUUCCAGUUCACCCAUCUCUGGUACGGACUACGUCUGAGGUUGAGUUGUAUCCAUCUACACCUGUAGAACAGUGUCACAAGAAUCCUACGGUUCCUCCCGAGAUACCACGCUUAAUCGACGUCCAGCGGAAUACCGUUGGUCGGUGGAUCCCGACGCCCACAGAAGGCGUACUUCCUUCCUUUUCUACUUUCUCUGCUUCGUCAUCCUCGGACUCUGUAUCCUCCUGCGAAAGGUCCAGCGAAUCCAGCAGCAGCGAAUCGGCACUAUCCAACGCAACUGAACGUAUCCAUGCUCGCCCGUCCUUGCCGAAAAGGGCAUUAUCGUGGCUUUCUCUGCCGACACAAAACGCACCGGAUGAACACUCUUCGCCGCUUAAUCACGGAACUUCACCAGAUACAUCCAACGAAAUCAGUGCCGGCGACUCUGCAGCAAGCAACAGUGACUAG